GAGCUCAUAGAAGAGAGUAAGCGGGGCGAAGCAGAGGCGAAGCUACAGAAAAUCUCCAAUCUUCUUUCUGAGUACACUCCUGCUAAAGUCUCGCCUGAACUGGCAUCCUCGGCCAACCUUUUACGUGAGAUGCUGUCGCAGCGAGAGCGGGAGGAGCUGGCGUGGAUGUAUGAGAAGGCUGCAGGUCCCAUGCAUGCCACUCUCGUGAAGAAAACACUCGGGCUUUGUUGA